AAGUGACGCGACAGACCAACAGCAAGUGCCAGAUCAAAUGAGACAGACUGAGCGAUCAGCCUCGUCUCUGCAGAGCUGCAUCAGAGAGGGCUUCUGGGCACGCAGAAUGGACGCGCUCACCCACAGUCCAAACAACGCCACUCGUGCUGACGCUGGCAUGGCAUCUGCAUCCAUGGCAACAGCAUUGGCCCUGCUUCUUCUCUUGGCUGUCCUGUCCAGCUUCAUGAGUUCAACAGAGCGCUCUGUUCCAGGGCCAUACUUCUGUCUGGGAAUGGGUCCUCUUGCUACCUACACACAUUUCCUGUGGGCGGGCAUUGGAACGGCCAGUAACUACUACAGCCGUCGCUAUGGCAGCACGGCGCGCGUCUGGAUCCAGGGCAGGGAGACGCUCAUCUUCAGCAGGUCCUCUGCCGUGUAUCAUGUCCUGAGGAGCCCCAAUUACACAGCCAGGUUUGGCAGUCGCCCGGGUCUGCAGUGCAUUGGCAUGCAUGAGAGAGGGGUCAUCUUCAACAGCAACGUGGAGCUCUGGAGGAAGGUCCGCACCUACUUUGCCAAAGGUAGGCGCACCUUUACAAGGCUGGCUCGAGACGUGGAGUUGAGUAAGAUGGUCUGUUUAUCACAGUGUGUGUGUGUGUGUGUGUGUGUGUGUGUUGCAGCGCUGUCGGGCCCAGGCCUGCAGAAGACAGCGGGAGUGUGUGUGAGCGCCACCACCAGGCAGCUGGACCAGCUGAGUGACCUCUGCGACCCCUCGGGUCACGUGGACGUGCUGAACCUGCUGCGCUCUAUCGUGCUGGACGUCUCCAAUCGCCUCUUCCUGGGUGUGCCACUUAACGAGAGGGAGCUGCUGGGGAGGAUCCAGCGCUACUUCGACACCUGGCAGGCCGUGCUCAUCAAGCCCGACAUCUUCUUCAAGCUGGACUGGAUGUGGAGGAAGCACCAACAGGCAGCUCAGGAGCUCCAGGUUGCCAUAGAGAGCCUGGUGGAGAAGAAGAGACAGCUGAUCGUUCAGGCUGAACAGCUGAAGGACUCGGACUUCACAACGGAUCUGAUAUUUGCUCAGAACCACGGGGAGCUAAGUGCAGACGAUGUGAGGCAGUGUGUUCUGGAGAUGGUGAUCGCGGCUCCUGACACUCUCUCGGUCAGCUUGUUCUUCAUGCUGAUGAUGCUCAAGCAGAACCCAGCGAUGGAGGAGAAGAUCAUGCAGGAGGUCGACUCCGUCACGGGGGGCCGUGCGGUGCGGAACGCUGACAUGCAAGCGCUGUCCACUCUGGAGAGCUUCAUCAACGAGGCGCUGCGCUUCCACCCAGUGGUGGACUUCAUCAUGAGGAGGGCGCAGGAAGAUGACAUCAUCGACGGCUACAGGGUGCCCAAGGGCACCAACAUCAUCCUGAACAUCGGAUGCAUGCACCGAUCCGAGUUCUUCCCCAAACCUCAGGAGUUCAGCUUGGACAACUUUGAGAGAAAUGUGCCGAGCCGCUUUUUCCAGCCGUUUGGUUGCGGCCCGCGUGCUUGCGUCGGCAAGCACAUCUCCAUGGUGAUGAUGAAGGCCAUCCUGGCGACGCUGCUGGGCCGCUACAGCGUGAGCCCUCGCCACGGCUGCACCCUCACCAGCAUCCGCCAGACCAACAACCUGUCACAGCAUCCGGUGGAGGAGGACGACCGCCUCGCCAUGCGCUUUAUCACACGCAGAACAAGCGCCUAGAGCCCUCACACACACACACGCAUGCACGUUAUUUUCAUUAUUCAGACGAGGUUCCUUACACAGAGCAAUGCUGAGGCUGCUGGCAUGUUUGGGGGGAAAAGUUUCCACUUUGGUGGAAUUUGUUGCCUACAACUAGAACAUAAAAGUAGACUAGUGUGUGUGAUACUUAUAACACAAUAAACAUAAUUAUAACUAAUGUCUAAAUGUUGAACACAGAGGUAGCACUGUGUUCUCUCUGGCUAGGCUAGAUUUGCUCCAUUGUACAGCUGUUUCAUAAUGCUACUGGUCUUUUUUUUUUACAACAAAAUAAAGUUAAAAAGGUC